GAUUGAAACCGAGCACAAUAUACUAUUAUCGGUGUGGGGAUCCUUCUAUACCAGCCAUAAGUGAAAUAUACUCUUUCAAGACUAUGCCUGUUUCUGGACCACGGACUUACCCAGAAAGAAUUGGAAUUGUGGGAGAUCUGGGUCUUACGUACAAUAUGACAACCACAAUCAGUCAUUUGAUUGGUAAUAAACCUGAUCUUGUCUUGUUGAUUGGUGAUGUGACUUAUGCAAACCUAUAUCUCACAAAUGGAACAAGCUCCGACUGCUAUGCUUGCUCAUUUUCGCAUACGCCCAUACAUGAGACCUACCAACUUCGUUGGGACUAUUGGGGAAGGUUUAUGCAGAAUUUAGUUUCAAAAGUUCCAAUAAUGGUGGUAGAAGGGAACCAUGAGAUCGAAGAACAGGUUGAAAACCAGAAAUUUGUAGCUUACAGUUCUCGAUUUGCUUUCCCAUCGGAAGAAAGCGAGUCUCCAUCCACAUUGUACUACUCUUUCAAGGCAGGGGGAAUACACUUUAUAAUGCUUGGGGCUUAUAUUGCCUAUAAUGAAACAGGUGAUCAAUAUAAGUGGUUGGAGAGGGAUUUAGCUAAUGUGGACAGAUCUAUAACUCCAUGGCUGGUAGCUGCUUGGCACCCACCCUGGUACAGUUCUUACAAAGCCCAUUACAGAGAAGUGGAGUGUAUGAGGGUGGCAAUGGAAGAGUUACUUUACUCUUAUGGUGUUGAUAUAAUCUUCAAUGGACAUGUUCAUGCUUACGAGAGGUCAAAUCGAGUUUAUAACUACACGUUAGAUCCAUGUGGUCCUGUUUAUAUCACAGUGGGAGAUGGAGGUAACCGAGAGAAGAUGGCAAUUGAACAUGCUGACACACCUGGUCACUGCCCAGAACCUUUGACAACUCCAGAUCCAUACAUGGGGGGUUUCUGUGCAACAAACUUUACAACUGGUCCAGCAGCAGGUAAAUUUUGCUGGGACCGGCAACCUGAUUACAGUGCUUUCAGGGAAAGCAGCUUUGGCCAUGGGAUCCUAGAGGUGAAAAAUGAUACUUGGGCCUUGUGGACAUGGUACCGGAACCAGGACUCAGAGAGUAAAGCUGGGGAUCAGAUUUACAUUGUGAGGCAACCUGAUAUAUGCCCUAUCCGUCCCAAGGUAACUGAAGGCUGGUUUUCAGCAAGAUGAACAGUUUAUACAUGGGAUAUUCAAUCCAAUACAGGUUUGUUUGUCAUUAAUGAUAUCAGAUCGUCAUAACCACUUUCUACUAAGAUUAUUAAAUAUAUAUAUUUAUAUAUAUAUUACAUGGGAUUCACGGAAAAGCUGACCUCCCAAGAGUAUAUUAAAGACAACUAAAGUUGGAUAGGAUGGUCCAGCAUCUUGCUGCCACUGAUGUGGCUUGUCCUUUGUAAUGCUGCAGAAAUCAUUUGUGUAUUUUCACAAGCCAUGGUAGUCUUGUAUUAUGAAAACAAGAAACAUGACAGUGCCCUAGCUGCACCGGUUGAUACAUGGUUAAAGAAGACGAAUGAAAAUUUUGGCUCUCUCUCUUUCUCUCUCUCCUGUUGUUUUAUUUUUUGAAUUGAAAUAUUGUGAUGGUAGAGUGUUUUAAUAUUUACAUUGCUUUUCAUGGCACAUAAUGUAUGUAAUGUAAAGUAACGUAAUGCACAUGUUGCUGCUUGCUUAAUGCUUACCCACAGUUAUUGUA